UGUUUGGGUUACAAUUUUUUUCAAACGGUUCAGAGCAAAAUUUUAAUACCUAUUCCCAUAUUCAACGGCACAAAUAUUUUAUAGCAUGUUGGAACCCUUCCCUUGGAAUUUUAGAGAUUUAAGUCCCAACCAGGGAAAGUCAACCAUCAAAUUGCUCCUGCCCAUUAAAAAAAAAAAAAAACAAAACUAUCAAAUUGCUCUUAGACUUCAAUAAUGGCAGAAACGUUUCUGUUUAUUAUUGCAGAAAGGGUUGUCCAGAAAAUUAUCGGUCUCACUGUAGGCGAAGUUUGCUUGGCGUCUACUGUCCGAACCGAUCUGAAAAAGCUGAAGGACACCAUAAUCAGCAUUAAAGCUGUGCUCUUGGAUGCCGAGAGGCAACAGCACCAAAAUGAAAAGCUGCGCCUCUGUAUGUGGAAGCUCAGGGACAUCUUUUACGACGCUGAGGACGUUAUUGACGAUUUCAAGUGUGAAGCUCUCCGCAAACAGGACGCUAUCGAUCAUCCCAACACCAACAGCUCAAAGUUGAGGGAAAGAUACAAACGAAAUGGGGGUGCAGAUUGGCACAAAAUUGCUCACAUCCGAAAGGUUGUUAUUACGGAUGACUUUGGAGAUGUGAAGAUGGAUGAAUCAACCAUUGCUUGAGGCAGGCCACCGAAGACUUUUACUUUAUAUGCAUUUAGAUUUCAGUUGUAAUUCUAAUAAUUACUGAGCUUUUGCUUUAAUACUUCAGACUCUUGCUUGCUUAAUGGCUUCAUGUUAUAGACUGUAACUUUUAAGUACUGGUAAUGUUUGUUUGAUAUGUAUAAACUUUGUACUUUCUCUUUUGUUUUGUUCCUUAGUAUAUAAAUAAAUUGGUAUGAAGAUUCAAAAU